AUGCUCGAAAAAGAGGACGACGAGGAGGUGUACAAAGGACCGAGUUUACCACCACCACCAAAACCAUCGCUCCGAAAUGGAAAACAACAACAACAACAACAACAACAAAUCGUCAAAGCCGCCGCAGCGGUACACGCGUCGCUUUGGUCGCACAACAGGAACGACGCGACUUUGAAACGAAGCGGAGGCGACGAUCCAAACGAAAACGACGAUGACUUUGCAGAGGUGAACGAAAAUUCGCACUGGUGGACGCUCGAGGCGCGAUCGGUGGCUUUAUCGAGGGAGGCGAAAGUGCAAUGGAAUCCAGAGGUGGAUUUACCGUGCGAGGACGCGCGAGAGAGGCAAAUGAAAGCGCAAACCGGGGAGUUUAACGUUUGGUACGGGAAAUCUGCGACGACACCAGGGGCGAUGUCGUAUCACGAUCGGAAACCGGCACCGACGAGGUGCGUGGCGGCGUUUGAUUGCGGGACGACGAAAGCGGACGCGUUGGCGGAUACGACGGAGAAUACGAGUAUUUAUUGGUGUUUGCACUUUGCGAGAGGGAGGUGCACGUACGGGAACUGUUGCGAGUAUAUACACAGGUUGCCAACCGGCUUGGACGAUGCGAAGAGAAAGGAUUUGAUGUACGAUUUGUUCGGGAGGUCGAAGCAUGCGUUAGAAAAAGCGGACAACAGCGGCGCGGGGAGUUAUUUGAGAGACGUGAGGACGUUGUUCAUUUACUACGCCGGGUCGGUGCCGGAACAUUGGGGUUCGGAUCGAAUGGAACGAGAGAUUAGGAAAGAUUUCGGCGAGUGGGGAGCGAUUGAAGCCGUGGACGUGAAACACGAUCGAACUUUUUGCUUCGUGAGGUAUAAGUUUCGCGCGAGCGCGGAGUUUGCGAAAGAAGCGAUGGAAGGCCAGAGGAUUGGCAACUCAAAGAUUCACGAGUUGCCGUUAUCCGUGAGAUGGGCGAACGACGAUCCUAAUCCCGUGGCAAUUGUGAGAGUGAAGAGAGAACGCGAGACGUUAGUCGCGGAUGCGAUUAUUCGUGGGAUUGAAAAGAAGCAGAGAGAAAUGUCUGCGAAGGACGCCUUGGAACAGAAGAUGAUGGCGCAGGUGAAAGAAGGAGAAGCGUAUCCAGACACGUCGGCAUUCUACGCCGACGACCAAGGGAAGAAAGCGAUGGAAGAUGCGGAGAAAGAGAAGAAAGACGAGGAAGAGAGAAACAGAAAAUCGUUCAAAAGUAACAACGUCGAGGAAGAAGAAGAGGAAGAGGAGGACGAUGACGACGGAGUCACGUUCGAUCCAGACGAUUACGAAUAG